AUGAUCAGUAACAGAGAAAAUGUGUCUCACCAGAUGGAAAAUCAAACAUUUACCACUGAAUUCCUCCUCCUGGGAUUUGGAGAUCUUCACCAUCUGCAGGUUCUUGUGUUUCUGUUGUUUCUAUUGAUCUACAUCAUGACCCUUAUUGGGAAUCUCCUCAUCGUUCUGCUGGUAGUGGCUAAUCAGCACCUGCACACCCCUAUGUACUUCUUCAUAGGAAACCUGUCAUGUUUGGAGACCUGCUACAGCUCAACCCUGCUACCCAGAAUGCUAGUCAGUUUCCUUAAUGGGGACAGAACUGUUUCUGUCAGUGGCUGCAUAGCACAAUUUUAUUUCUUUGGUUGUUUGGCAGGAACUGAAUGCUUUCUUUUAUCAGCAAUGUCUUAUGAUCGGUAUUCAGCAAUAUGCAAUCCCCUCCAUUAUCCAAAUAUCAUGAACAACAAGAUGUGUUUUAUUUUAGCUUCCAGUUCUUGGAUUGGUGGCUUUGCAGUAAACACAAUCAUCAUAUCCUUCAUGUCCAAAUUAACUUUUUGUGGGCCAAAUAAAAUUGACCAUUUCUUUUGUGAUUUUGCUCCAUUGAUGGAGCUUUCAUGCAGUGACACUCAUCUGAUUACAGUAGUUGAUCUCUCAUUCUCUACAAUCUGUGCUCUCCCUCCUUUUCUUUUAACUCUAGCUUCCUAUGUUUGUAUCAUUGCUACUAUUUUGAGGAUCCCAUCAACCUCAGGCAGACAGAAGGCAUUUUCCACUUGCUCCUCUCAUUUGAUUGUGGUGACAUCAUUCUUUGGUACUCUAAUUUUGGUCUAUAUUGUGCCAUCCUCACCCUCAACUGUGGAUGUCAAGAAAAUCUUCUCUGUUUUCUAUACUGUUCUGACACCAUUGGUUAACCCUCUUGUUUAUAGUUUCAGAAAUAAAGAAGUGAACAUUGCCCUCAGGAAAUUCACUAGCAAAUACUUGCACUUUCAAAAGAAAUAA